AUGGGUCUGGAUUUUUGCUCAGCUCCAGCAACAUCUGUUGAUGCAGAGCAAGCAUUUUCUGUUGGUUGUUGUCAAAUCAAUUUCAUACAACAUAACACCUCAUCAGAUACAUUCAGAGCACAAAUGGCAGUUGGAUCUUGGGAUGGAACACCUUUAUUC